AUGUUUAUAUCGAUUGGCAUGUGCAAACUGAGUCUUUUUUUGAAUGUGCACCUGAAGAAUGAGGCCGACAAGUUGCUCAAGGAUGUGUUCAUGUACAGAGCGUAUAUUGCGCAGAACAAGCCCAGUUUGGUUCUCAGUGAAAUUGAUCAGCAAACGGCGCCAGCACCACUGAAAGCGCUUCGUUACUUCGCCGAUUAUAUGGCCAAUCCAGCGAAAAGGUUCCUUUCAAGUAAUCUAAAUCCCUCAAACAGCACUCAUAUCAUGCGUCCAGGUAACAUAGAAUAUUAA